AUGUUUUACGUUCCGCAAAAACCCUAUCUUACCCUUGGUACGCUUAGGGAUCAGGUGAUUUAUCCAGACACCGUUAAAGAGUCUUUAGAUAAGGGCUACACGGAUUCAAAACUUUACCAGCUGCUGCAAAUUGUGCAUUUGGAGUAUCUGGUUGAUAGGGAACAACAAUCCUCCACCUCUUCGAGCUACGAGUCGAACCCGUCAAACCCCCAAGGAUGGCUGGCAGUGCACGACUGGGCAGAUGUGUUGUCGGGCGGCGAGAAACAGAGAAUCGCCAUGGCCAGAUUGUUUUAUCACAAACCGCAGUUUGCAAUUCUGGAUGAAUGCACUUCUGCCGUCAGUGUAGAUGUUGAGGGCCUAAUGUACGAACAUGCUAAAUCCAUCGGUAUCACUCUAUUUACGGUGUCCCAUAGACCUUCGUUGUAUCAAUUUCAUGACUAUAUCCUGAAAUUCGACGGGGCCGGGGGAUACGAAUUCAAACUGUUACACACCAAUGAUCCAUUAAUGGAUGGUCACCGACCAAAAUAA